AUGCCUCCUCACAACGAAGUUGACCAAAUUGACUACAUGGCAGAAGAAGGUGACAUGUCAGAUUUCGCAGAUGAUGUAGAUGGAGAGGAAAACAAUGGUGAAGAUCGAAAUCUUGAAGAUUACGAAAUGCUUACAAAGGUGACGGAUACGUCCUCUGCUCAAGCAAGAUCAGGGAAAGAUAUCCAGGGCAUUCCAUGGGAAAGAUUGAAUAUAACAAGGGAGAGUUACAGGCGUACAAGACUUGAACAAUACAGAAACUAUGAAAACAUUCCCUUAUCUGGUGAUGCUGUUGAUAAGAAAUGCAAACAGAAGUCCAAAGGUGGUAACUACUAUGAGUUCUUUCAUAAUACAAGAUCAGUGAAACCUACAAUCCUUCAUUUUCAGCUAAGGAACCUGGUAUGGGCUACCUCAAAGCAUGAUGUGUAUCUCAUGUCUAACUAUUCAAUCAUGCAUUGGUCAUCAUUAUCACAAAACUUGACUGAGAUUCUGAACUUUUCUGGACACGUGGCACCUACUGAGAAACAUGCAGGAAGUUUGUUGGAAGGUUUUACACAAACUCAAAUUAGUACACUUGCAGUGAAUAAUGAUUUCUUGGUGGCAGGAGGGUUUCAAGGAGAGCUUGCUUGUAAGAGAUUGGAUAAACAGGGGGUGAGUUUUUGUACAAGAACAACUUAUGAAGACAAUGCUAUAACAAAUGCUAUUGAGAUAUACGACACCUUGAGUGGUGGAAUGCAUUUUAUGGCAUCAAAUAAUGAUUGUGGUGUGAGAGAAUAUGACAUGGAGGGAUUUCAGCUUGUGAAUCACUUCCGCUUUCCUUGGCCAGUCAAUCAUACAUCUUUAAGUCCAGAUCGGAAACUGAUAACAGUAGUUGGAGAUCAUCUUGAUGGAUUACUAGUAGACUCCAUGAACGGAAAGACGGUUGCCACGGUGGAAGGCCACCUGGACUACUCAUUUGCGUCCGCAUGGCACCCGAAUGGAACAAUAUUUGCAACAGGAAACCAAGACAAAACAUGCAGGGUGUGGGACCUACGAAACCUGUCAACUCCAGUUUCGGUUCUGAAGGGAAACAUGGGGGCAGUUCGGUCAGUCAGGUUCUCAUCAGACGGGCAGUUUUUGGUGGUGGCUGAGCCGGCGGAUUUUGUUCAUGUUUAUAACACGGAAUUAAACUAUGAAAAAAGGCAAGAGAUUGACUUUUUUGGGGAGAUUUCUGGGGUUUCUUUGAGUCCUGAUGAUGAAACACUUUAUAUUGGAGUAUGGGAUAGGACUUAUGCAAGCUUGCUGCAGUUCAACAAAAGGCAUAAGUAUGGGUAUCUUGAUUCUUUCAUGUAGUAGAAUGGAAGAAUGAUAUAAUUAAUUGCUUGAAUUGGAAUAACUUGUUUUUGUUUUUGUUUGAUGAAAAAGAGAGACUUAAGAACUUGUAUUGUCUAAAGUGUGUUGGGUAGAGAAGAAAAUGUAUAGUUAAAAAAAAAGUAUGUCAAGUUGAGAAAUGUUUGUUUGUUGUUAAGUAUGUGUUAAAAUGUGGUGUUGUUGCUUGUUAAA